CAGAAAUUUUAUAGCAGUAGUUUUAUGCCGGUGAAAGAGCAACUAGAUUCUAGUGGAAGCUGCUUAUGUAUCAAAUUGCCAAGAACAGUCGUGUUCAUAUUUAACGUUCUCUGCAUCUCCGAGAAGAGCAGUUGUGCUGUCCUGUUACUUAAACUCCACCAUUGGUCUUUACAAUGCAGUGUAAAGUCCCUUUCUCAGAUGAAUGGACUAAUCAAAAGGAUGGAUUUUACGGAGACUUACUCAAGCACAUGCUCUACAGUUGGACUUGCUGCCAGAGAAGGCAACGUUAAAAUUUUAAGGAAACUGCUCAAAAAAGGUCGAAGUGUAGAUGUUGCUGAUAACAGGGGAUGGAUGCCAAUUCACGAAGCAGCUUAUCACAACUCUGUGGAAUGUUUGCAGAUGUUACUUCAUACAGGUGCGGGAAUUACAGGCCUGUGCCAUCACAUCAGGUGUAUUGAGCUGCCUUCAAGUGAGAAUGAGUGUAACUGUCCAUGCCAUAACACUUGCCUUAUAUUUCACAGCGCGCAAAGUCCCCGAGAGGCUUUGUCGCCCGCAGGCCUUACUAAUAGGGGCUUGGAAGAGAGUGGUACUGAGUGUGAUUUGAUGAACUAUGGCGGCCUUGCUCCAGAGGUUGCAGAGGAGAAUUCUGCUGUUGAAAGUGGACAGAUAGAUGUUCUGAAGCUGUUGCUUCAACAUGGAGCAAAUGUCAAUGGAUUCCAUUCUAUGUGUGGAUGGAAUUCCUUGCACCAGGCUUCUUUCCAGGGAAAUGCUGAGAUUAUAAAACUGCUUCUUAAAAGUGGAGCAGACAGAGAAUGCCAGGAUGACUUUGGAAUCACACCCCUGUUUGUGGCUGCUCAGUAUGGGAAACUAGAGAGCUUGAACAUUCUUAUGUCAUCUGGUGCAAAUAUCAAUUGUCAAGCCUUGGACAAAGCUACUCCAUUGUUUAUUGCUGCACAGGAGGGUCAUAUAAAAUGUGUGGAACUUUUGCUCUCCGGUGGGGCAGAUCCUGAUCUUUACUGUAAUGAAGACAAUUGGCAAUUGCCUAUUCAUGCUGCUGCACAAAUGGGCCACACAAAGAUCUUGGACUUGUUAAUACCACUUACCAACCGGGCUUGUGACACUGGUCCAGACAAAGUGAGCCCUGUUUACUCAGCAGUGUUUGGAGGACGGGAAGAGUGCCUGGAAACUUUGCUGCAGAAUGGUUACAGCCCAGAUGCGCAGAUGUGCUUGGUCUUUGGAUUCAGUUCCCCUCUGUGCAUGGCUUUCCAAAGGGAUUGUGACUUCUCUGGAAUUGUGAAUAUUCUACUGAAGUAUGGAGCCCAGUUAAAUGAACUUCACUUGGCAUACUGCCUGAAGUAUGAGAUGUUUUCAAUGUUUUGCUGCUUUUUGAAGAAAGUUUGCCUAUUGACUCCUUGGAAUCAUACAUCUGAAUUUAUAAGUUAUGCAGUUAAAGCCCAAACAAAAUAUAAAGAGUGGUUGCCACAUCUCCUGCUUGCUGGAUUCGACCCAUUGACACUGCUGUGCAGCAGCUCUUGGGUUGACACGGUCAGCGAUGGUGUCCUUAUUUUUACUUUGGAAUUUUCUAACUGGAAGAGACUUCCCCCACCUGUUGAAAAGAUGAUCUCUGCCCGUGCAAACUCUUCCUGGGCUCUUCAGCAACAUAUGGCCUGUGUUCCAUGCCUGACCCAUCUCUGCCGUUUGGAAAUUCGGGCCAGUCUAAAAGCAGAGCACCUUCGUUCUAACAGUUUCAUCCAUCAGUUGCCUCUUCCUCGAAGUCUGCGGAGCUAUUUGCUCUAUGAAGAGGUUUUGAGGAUGAACGAAAUUCCAGAACCUGCAGCUAUUCAUGAUGUAGAAAGCAGCGAGGCUUCUGACAGCUCACUUGUCAGUGCUGUUUAGUCACAAAAGAUGGGACUGUUUACAGCUGGACUGCCAGCCCCUCCUCCCCAAUACUGAGAACUUUACUCAUCCUGCCUUAUUCAGUUGUCUCCAGUGUACUUUGUUUUGUAGUGUUUGCUGACCUGAUCAUUUUCUGCUUUGUUCUGCUACUGAGCUGUGAUGCUGCUAUGGUGCUGGAUGUGACCUCUUCCCAGUUAAGGUUCGUGUUCACCUGUGCUUGAUACCAGGGAUGGAAGCCAUAAACUUCCCAGGAAGAAGAUAUAAUAACUGUGCUUUCGAAUCACUUAACACUGUUAUUUUAUUUAUGCACUAACAUCCUCUAUGUUUAUAAAAGGAAAUUUUCCUGUGUUGUCAUAAUCUGUUCUUGUUUUUUAAUUCAGAUAUUCUUGUAUUUUAACAUGUAAACUCAGGGGAAAGUUUUUGAAGAACAUAGAUUUCAGUCAUAUUGUUUUCUUAGAUCCUUUCUUCAUACUUUUUGGCAAAAUAUACCCCAUUUUCAGUCUGCAAAGGUAAGAACACACCUAAACUCAAAGGCAUACUCACUAUAAAAAUUACAUCAUUUUUAGAAAUAUUGUACUACAUUCAGAAUAUUAAUAAAGAAUCCUGAAAGGAACAUUCAUAACAGCACCAUCUGUAGAGACAGGAGCACAUUUCAGUUGUCUAAUGCUAAAUAGAACAAUCAGACUUCAUUCAGCUCUAGAAUAAGAGGGCAGGUUUGUUUCUAUGAAUCAGUAAUAACCAAUAAUAUUCUAUUCAUACACACAAUACUUUCCCUCUUAAUACCUGGAUGUAUUUUUGGACCAUUGAUAAAAUAAAGACCUCAGAGUCCUACCUUGUGAGUUUUUACAAUAGCUUUAUCUAGACC